AUGAGUUCAUCCGAAGUGCAAGCCCUCGAAAAUGAGGUUAAAGAAUACAAAUUACAACUUGAGACUGUUCAGCUUAGUCUGCAGAAUGACCCCGAGAAUGCUGAGUUAGAGAGUCUCAAAGCAGAACUUGAAGAAGUUAUUUCCCUCACCGAAUCUGCCAUUGCAGAACUAAAGCCUGCUUCAGUCUCGGCGCCUUCCGCAAACCCAUCCCCGCCAGCCGUGAGGGAGAAAUGGUCAAAGGAGAAUCAUCCUGCUUAUCAAGCCGGCUACCGCAAGGCCGAGGUCGAACCUGAAGAGAUCAACGCAACCACCACCUUUGCCGUUAACGACACUGUCUCUGCCAGAUGGAAAUCCGGUGACGGAGGUUACUACACCGCAAGAAUCACCUCCAUCACCGGCUCUGCCAGCGAUCCUGUCUACAUUGUGACAUUCAAAAGCUAUGGAAAUAGUGAAACCUUGAGAGCAAAGGACAUCAAGCCGCUAUCAACCGAGGCCAAGAAACGCAAGGCUGAUAACAUAUCAGGCUCUUCCACCCCCACUGCAACACCUUCCAAUCCGAGUGUUAUCUCUGCCGCCGCAAGUGUUGAUCCCACUCUGGCCCAGCAGGCGCGACGUGAGCCCAGCAAGGUCAGUGAUGGACCAAUCCGACCAGCUAAGAUCCCUCGCAAAGUCAAGGCCAACAAAGAGCUUGAAGCGGGGAAGACCAAAUGGCAGGACUUUGCCGCUAAAUCCAAGGUUGGCAAAAUGCACAAGAAGGACAGUAUGUUCAGGACAGGGGAAGGCGUCAAUGCUCGAGUGGGUUUCACAGGGAGCGGACACGAAAUGCGCAAAGACCCCUCUCGGUCUCGGCAUGUCUACAACCAAGGAGCAACAGAUGAUUAG